AUGUCAGAUACUCUCUCUGAUGCGGAUAAGCCCCUUGUGCAGAUCCGCAACAAGCGCCUUGCAAAGCUUGGAAAUCCAUCCUCAUCCUCACAAAAUGCGUCAGGACCAGAGACACCUUCUACCCAGCCUUCUACACUUUCACUGCCCAGUCCUUCCUCUCAAGAAACCUUCGACGCUCCGCAGCCACAGAUAAAUAUCAGCAGCGCACCGCGGUCACAAACUUCUUCGCCUCGGCCGGAGUUGCAAGAAUCAGAAGGCAAGCGAAUCAAGAUCACACCCUCGGCCCCUGCCAGUCCUGCACCGGGGUCAGUAUCUGCUGCCCCGGUAUCGAACACGCCUUCACCACCGAAGGCAGAAGAGAGUAUUGAAUCCUUUGAGGAUCGCACACUAAGCGCCGUCUUCAAGCUUAGCUUGAGGGAAGACCGGCAGCGGGAUAUCCAUGGGCACAAGUUGAUCUACUUGCCUGGGUUGCGAAGCGAACUUGAGGAUCAGGGUCGCGAACCGCGCAUCGACACGACUGUGCUGGACCAGGCCCUCCUUGAAGCCGCCUCGAAUACCCAGCAGAAGCCUUUGGACUAUCUGUUGCCAUGCUGGGGGCGGAUCUCAAGGCUGCACAAGGGUUUUCGCCGUGCCCGCGAGGAUGACCCAAAAUUCGCUGUCAUCAGUGAGGCACGGCGCCUGUGCAUGAGCUAUUGCAUCUUCGCGAUCACGAUGCCGGAGAUGUUCGGGCUCGAGCCAUCCGGGCGGUCUCCGCUCAAGCCAUAUCUUCUUCUGGAUCCCGAAGAUGAUAAGGGAGUUGAUCUUGAGUUCUUGGGCGAAGCUGUAAAAAGAUUUGAGGAAGACGAAAGCAUCAAGCCGGCUUUCAUCGCCGCCGUAGAGGAGAUGAGCCGUGACCUCGCUUCGAUGACUAUCAAUGAUGACUACAAGUCUUAUUUAAUAGCUCUGCGAAACCUGGUUGGUAAUCCGGUCAUUGCCGCUGCUAUUACGGAGUCAUCUUUUUUCAACGAGUCCCGUGAUCCAGCGUUAUUUGAGAAGGAGACGCUUCUGGGUCCCUGGUUCCGCUUGUCACCUCUCCAGGGCAAUGUUACCAUGACCUAUUUCUCGAGUCCCAAGACUCGAGAUCAGUCAUAUAUCUUAAAUGCGCAAAGAUCCAUGAGAAUGAUACAGCAGAUGCUUAGCUCAGAUCUGUUUGAUGUCGUCAACCAUAUCAUUCGCGCGAAUAAGGAGGCAAGAGACAGAGUCCUGGACUGGUUCGCUGCCGCGUUGAACAUCAACCACAAACGAAGAGCAAUGCAGGUGGAUCCUACUACUGUAGCUUCGGACGGUUUCAUGUUCAAUCUCACAACAUGUCUGGACAAGCUUUGUGAACCUUUCAUGGACGCAACCUUCACCAAGAUUGACAGGAUUGAUGCGGGGUAUUUGCACCGGAACCCACGCGUUGAUAUGAAAGAUGAAACCAAGAUCAAUGCCGAUCAGCAUGCGUCUGACGCGUUCUACUCAAAGCAAGAAGAAGGGACUACCAACUUCAUCACUGAAAUCUUCUUUUUGACGGUUGCUGCUCAUCACUACGGUAGUGAGUCCCUGACGUCAAAGCUGGACCAGCUUGAGAAGGACCUUCGGCACAUGGAGGGUACGAUCAGGAGGUUUGAGCUGGAGCGACCCAGAUGGAUCCACAAUCCAAUGCAGCUUAGGGUAUUCGAACAGGCUCUGAAGAAAUACAAGGACAAGCUGGACUUGGGUCUCGCUCUGAAGUACAGUCUGCAAGGCGUUCUGUUCGACGACCAAUGGCAGGCACGUUCCAUGCUGUUCAUGAGAUAUGUCAUCGUUUGGCUGCUCAGGCUUGUGUCCGGCGUCAAUUUUCCAAAGGAACCGAUUAAGUUGCCUCUUCCGGAGCAGCAGCCGGAAGUUUUCAAAUGCCUCCCCGAAUACUUUGUGGAUGACAUUGUCAGCAACUUCAAGUUCAUCAUGUGGUGCAUGCCGCAGAUAAUCACCGCGACACAGGGAGACGAGCUAGUUAUGCUCUGUAUCACUUUUCUGGAGAGUUCGGACUACAUCAAGAACCCUUACCUGAAAGCGGGUCUUGUUUCGAUACUGUUCCGGGGGACAUGGCCUCGCCCUGGUGGCGCACGCGGUGUUCUAGUCGAUCUUUUGAACUCUUUCCCUUUUGCUAAUGAAUACCUGCUGCAUGCCGUCAUGAAGUUCUAUAUUGAAGCAGAGCAUACGGGGACGCACACCCAGUUCUUUGACAAGUUCAACAUCCGCUACGAAAUCUUCCAGAUAAUCAAGUGUAUCUGGCCAAACACUCUGUAUCGAAACAAGCUCUACAACCAGUCCAAGCAAAAUCUGGACUUUUUCGUUCGCUUUGUGAACUUGCUUCUAAACGACGUGACAUAUGUGCUUGAUGAAUCCUUUGGCGCAUUCAUCACGAUUCAUGAUACCCAGGUGGAGCUCAGUCGCAAUGGGAACAACAUGGAUCCUCAGGAGCGUCAACAAAAAGAGGAGCAUCUUGCAUCCGCUCAACGGAACGCCAAAUCCUACAUGCAGUUAACGAACGAGACGGUCGCCAUGCUCAAGUUGUUUACGGAAGCAUUGGCAGACUCGUUCACCAUGCCUGAAAUUGUCCAGAGAUUGGCAGACAUGCUUGAUUACAACCUGGAUGCCAUGGUUGGCCCAAAGAGCUCCAGCUUGCGAGUGGACAAUCUGCAAGAGUACGGUUUCAACCCGCGGGCUUUGCUGAGCGAGAUCGUCGAUGUGUAUCUCAACCUGAUGGGCAAGGAAAAUUUCAUCCUCGCCGUCGCAAGGGACGGACGGUCCUACAAGCCGGCGAACUUUCAGAAGGCCGGGGAUAUCCUCCGAAAAUGGUCGCUGAAAUCUCCGGAGGAGCUCCAACAAUGGGAACAGCUGCAGGCGAAGGUCAGGGCGGCCAAAGAGGCUGAUGAACAAGCCGAGGAGGAUCUUGGCGAAAUUCCUGACGAAUUCUUGGAUCCCCUUAUGUAUACCUUGAUGGAAGAUCCAGUUAUCCUCCCUGGAUCCAGGGUAUCCAUGGAUCGUUCUACUCUUCGGUCUCACCUUCUGAGUGACCCACAUGAUCCGUUCAACAGAGCUCCGCUCAAGAUGGAGGAUGUAACCCCUGAUGCGGAGCUCAAGGCCAAGAUUGAGGCAUUUAAGGCGGAGAGACUAGCGGCGCGACGACAGCCCUUAACGCAGACUGUGACUGACGCUAUGGAUACGUCGACUGAUUGA